AUGAUCGAAUACGCUUCCGAUGGCGCUGAGUCUACGCGUGGCAAGAAGGUCGCGAUUUCAGGCUCUGGAAAUGUCGCACAGUAUGCCGCUAUCAAAGCCAUUGAUGCGGGUGCUGUCGUCCUUACUCUGUCCGACAGUAAGGGGACGCUCAAAGCUAUCUCUGUGGAAGGCUUCACAAAAGACGACAUCGCCCUCAUCGCCUCUAUCAAGAAGAAACGCCUUCCACUUUCCGACAUCAUGGCAAUGGAGCAGGGUCAAAGGUUCGAGCAUCUCGAAGGCGAAAGACCCUGGAAGCAUGUGAAGGAAGUCGAUAUUGCGUUACCCUCCGCCACGCAGAACGAAAUGUCCAAAGACGAAGCAGAAGCACUGAUAUCUGCUGGCUGUCGCUUCAUCGCCGAAGGCAGCAACAUGGGCUGCGCACAAGACGCUAUCCAACUCUUCGAAUCGCGCAGGGCAGAUAAUCCGAACGGACGUAAGGGUGCCAACAUUGGCGGCUCGGCAGUGUCAGGGCUCGAAAUGGUGCAAAACAGCCAGCGCAUCGCUUGGCCGGCCGCACAGGUCGAGGCUGAACUGUAUCGCAUUGUCGAAUCAUGCUUUCACAGCGGUAUUGAAGCCGCCAAAAACUACACGGAUAUGCGCGCGGAAGACUUACCCAGCCUUUUUGUGGGAAGCAAUAUUGCCGGGUUUGUCAAGCUGGCGGAUGCGAUGCAUGCCCAAGGAGAUUGGUGGUGA